AUGGGGACAGCGACGGUCAGGCUCCAUCAGCAAGCCAGGCGGUUCAUCAUUCCGCUCAGACAAGGCGAAACUCAAGUGUACCUACUGUGGGAUGAGCAAACACACAAAAGAAAAUUGCUUCGAAUUGUGGGAUAUCUCGAUUGGUGGAAUGAUGGACAUAAAAGGGACGGUCAAGCCACAAGAGGAAGAGCCGCCAUCGCCGUGAGCAACCCUGAGGCUACCAGCAGCGACGGUGGUGGCCAAGCAAGCGUCGGUGAAGGAGGCAGCGUGGGAAAGGCUAUAGCGGCUAGGGUUGAAGAAAGUGGUAAUAUGGGUUAUAAGGAUGAAGGAGUUGGAAAUUUUCUCCUAAGUCCUUUUAAUUUGGCCCAAUUAAUUUCUGUCCUAAAAUUAUUACAAAUUGAUCCAAAAACUAUGUCUAUUGCAAAUAUGGUCCGGAAUUGUGAUAAAAGUAAGAAUGCAUCAUGGAUUUUUUAUUGUGCAGCCACUGACACCAUGACAUUCGAUGCCAACGAUAUUAAAAAACAAUCCAAACCCAUGAAAACACAUGUCGGAGCAGCUAAUGGGGAAAUAGUUCCUGUAGAGGGGGCUGGGACAUCAGGACAGGAACGAUUAUUGGACGUGGCACUAAGCACCAAGGACUGUACUACAUGGAUGAAGUUGCCCAACACGUGUGAGACUUGUGUUUUGGCAAAGAGCCAUAGACAAACUUUCAGGCCAAAUAAUACUAGGGUAGAUUUACCUUUUUCAUUAGCCCAUUUUGAUGUGUGGGGUCCAGCACCUGUAAAUAAUACUAGGGUAGAUUUACCUUUUUCAUUAGCCCAUUUUGAUGUGUGGGGUCCAGCACCUGUCAUGGGAGGAAAAGGAUUAGUACAUCAAACUACUUGUCCUCAUACUCCUGAACAAAAUGGUGUUGCCGAACGAAAAAAUCGGACUCUCCUUGAAAUGACUCGAGCUCUUCUGAUUGAGUCUUGGGUCCCUAAAAGUUUUUGGCCUGAAGCUGUAGCUACUGCCACCUAUAUUCUAAACAGACUCCCAACCAAAAUCCUUGACCUUCAAAUUCCACUUCAAACCUUGGCCCAAUUUACCAAAGUUCCUCCGACCUUAACCCUUCAACCACGCAUUUUUGGUUGUUCUGUCUUUGUUCACAUUCCAAAAAGUGAACGUUCUAAAUUUGACCCAUGUACCGAAAAAUGUGUAUUUGUUGGGUACAGGGUUAAUCAAAAAGGGUACCGAUGCUAUAAUCCUAAAACCAGCCGUAUGUUCACCAUAAUGAAUUGUGAUUUCCUUGAAACCGAAUAUUUUUAUAUCACCCAGCUCAGUGGUCAGGGGGAGAAGGAAUACAUGGACACACUGAGCUGGCUUCCAGAAUCAGUAGCCUCACAGGUAGAUUUGGAUCCACAGGAAGAGAACCCACAAGUUACAGAACAGGAAGAAAAUAGAGAACAGGAAAGAAACAGUAUCGUUAGGCCAACUUCAGAUACUUCCAUAUAG